AGUUGUAUGUUAACUUUUCGAUGCAGGGAGUCGUUGCGUUUGUGUACGGGAAAACAUCGUCGAUUCAUUGAAUUUUAGCGGUGUGAUUUCAAAUAUAUACAAUACACGAAUAUCGAUAAGGAUUAUAUGUAAAUGUGUUAAAAGUGACAAUUUUUUUAGUGUGAAGUGGAUGAAUUUAUUCUUUGAGUGAAAGAAUUUUGAAAAUGUGUUGUGCUUAGUGGUAAUAUAAUUGGAGAUGGCACAUAUGGAUUUUAUACAUUUUAUUCUACUGGUUUCGUUUACCGCAUAUUCUUCUGUUAAAGGACAAUUUCGAUCUCCACGUAUCACGGAACACCCCUCGGACAUAAUUGUGGCUAAAAAUGAGCCGGUGACCUUAAAUUGCAAAGCCGAAGGUCGACCGGAACCGACCAUAGAAUGGUACAAGGAUGGCGAGCUCGUUAAAACAUCCCCUACUGAUAAUAAAUCGCACAGAGUGCUCUUGCCGGCGGGAUCGUUAUUUUUUCUCAGGACGAUGAACAGUAAAAAAGAACAGGACGCCGGAGUCUAUUGGUGUGUUGCUAGAAAUGUAGCCGGUGUUGCUAACAGCAGAAAUGCAACGUUGCAAGUAGCUGUUCUUCGCGACGAAUUCAAGAUAAUGCCAACAGAUACUCAUGUAGCAGCAGGAGAAACGGCCUUACUUCAAUGUGGUGCUCCAAGAGGCCAUCCGGAACCUACUCUUAUUUGGAAGAAAGACGGUAAAAACUUGGACACAGAUGGUAGAAGAAUCCGAAUAGUAGAUGGAGGGAAUCUCAUGAUAUCUGAUGUGAGACAACACGACGAGGGAAGAUAUCAAUGCGUAGCUCAUAAUUUGGUAGGAUCUAGAGAAACACCUGUGGCAACGUUGAAAGUACAUGUAAAACCCCUAUUUAAUAAGGAACCUCAGGAUAUAGUGGCUUUAACCGGUCAAAAGGUGAUAUUUGAAUGCACAGUCGAAGGGGAUCCGACCCCAAACGUAUUGUGGCGCAGAGAAGAUGGAAAAAUGCCUAUAGGAAGAGCAAGGAUUAUGGAUGACAAAUCUCUGCUUAUCGACAACGUACAAACAAGCGACGAAGGGCUGUACAUUUGCGAUGCCGAGAAUUUAGUUGGAGCAAUAUCUGCCAGAGCGUCUUUGGUUGUCAAUUCUCCCCCGACGUUUGUGGAUCGACCCAAAGAUCAGAAAGUCAGCUUGAAUGGUGUAGUAGAAUUCCAUUGUUCUGCUACUGGAAAUCCUCCACCUUCGGUAUUUUGGAGCAAAGAGGGCUCCCAAAUUUUAAUGUUCUCAGAUAAUUCGAAUGGACAUAUGCACGUUAACGCCCACGGGACCCUAAGGAUCCAAGGUGUUCAAAGAGAAGAUGCCGGAUUUCUUGUUUGUAAUGCUCUUAGUGUAGCUGGAUCAAAUAGUGUCAGAGCAUUCCUUCAGGUAACAUCGGUUGCUGAUUUGCCGCCUCCUAUCAUACAGAUCGGACCAGCUAACCAAACUUUACCUUUGCACAGUAUGGUAACCCUACAUUGUAGAGCAUCAAAUCCAGAGGGCGAUCCGCCUAAAAUUCGCUGGCUUAAAGACGGAGAAACAUUAGUUCCACAUUCAUCACCCAGUAGAUAUAUGUUUAGUGACAAAGGAACGCUAGAUAUUGAUGAUUUGCAGUUUGAUGAUUCCGGACAGUACACGUGUUCUGCAACCUCAGAAAGCGGAGAAAGUUCCUGGUCAGCGUCUCUCAACGUCGUCGAAGGUACAUCGGUACCGUUGCAUCGAAGUCCAGACCCUUCAACUUUCCCGAAAGCUCCUAGCGCUCCGAGAAUUCUAAACUCCACCGAAUCUAGUAUAAGUCUUUCAUGGGAUAGCGAUGAAGAUGAAAAUAGUUUAGUCGGAUACACUGUCGAAUAUUGGAGUCCAGAUUUACAAACCGGCUGGGUGAUAGCAGCACAUCGAAUCCAAAAUCCUUACAUGGUAGUGCACGAGUUGAAACCAGAUAGUUCAUAUGUUUUUAUAGUUAGAGCGGAAAAUGCUCAUGGACUAUCUCCUGCUAGUCCUGUGUCGAAAAUUGCAAGAACUUUAGCUAACUCACGAGCUCUACCAAGCUCUGAACUAGAUACCGCUCGAGCAAUUUUGAGUACCAAGCUAAUAGAACUGAAAGAAGCUAAACCGCAAUCAUCUAGUUCGGUUAAAUUGAUUUGGAAUUUUUCUGAUAACGAUUACGUAGAAGGUCAUUAUAUUAGGUUUAGAGAACUCUCUGGAGGAUCGCAUAAUUAUAAUAUAUUAACUGUAUUAGAUGUAGAUGCCAAAUCUUAUGUGGUAACAAAUUUGAAAAAAUUCACAAAAUAUGAAUUUUUCAUCUCACCUUUUUAUAAAUCAGUAGAAGGUCAGCCUUCAAAUUCUAGAAUAGCUCAAACUUUGGAAGAUGUACCUUCAGCUCCUCCCGAUAGUAUAACUGCAGGUGUUUUUAAUGAAACUGCAGGCUGGGUAAGAUGGUCACCACCGCCGCCACAACAUUGUAACGGCAUAAUAACUGGGUAUAAGAUCCAAAUAAAAGGCAACAUAAUUCGAUCAAUGACUAUGAACGCCACAACUACUUCUAUUUUAAUAAGUAAUCUUACAGCUGGAGGUUCUUACACUGCUAAAGUAGCGGCACUUACAAUUGCCGGACAAGGUCCAUACUCCAGCCCAGUACCUUUACUCACAUCUCCAAGAGCUCAAAGUCCUAGAACUCUAGGACCAAUAGUACCUUUAGUACGACAAACUUGGUUUGUAAUUUUACUAGCAGUAAUUGUAUUAUUAUUACUAGCAGGUAUAGGAGGAUUGUUAUACUUGAAAAGAAGACAAUCAUUAAGCAAACAGCUGGGACAUUUGAACGUACCAGUUGUUAAUGCUUCCCAGUUGAAUGCCAAGGAAAGUUUAUGGAUAGAUCGAGGCUGGAAAGCUACCGAUUGUGAUAAAGAUUCAUCAAUACCAUUAGCACAACCAGCUGAUUACGCUGAAGUUGAUACUAAAAAUUUAUCUACCUUCUACAAUUGUAAAAAGAAUUUAGAAAGUCCCACACCUUAUGCUACUACUAUGAUAUUACCGCCACCUAACUGGUCUGAGAUUAUUCCUCCUCCACCUGAUCAUCCCCCACCAGACUGUCCUCGUGAAAAUCCCCCAGUACCUCCACCGAGAAGCGGCGGUAGUACUUGUGGAAGUGCUGGGGGGUAUGGUUGUUAUUCAGUCCACGUCCCGACUCAAUGUGGGAAAAUGCAUACCAGAGCACGAUCUUGUACUAACUGCGACGCUCACUGUUCCCUAGCUAGUGGUAGCUCAGGUAAUAGAUCCGGAAGUAGAGGAUACUGUAAUAACGUCCCACACAAUUGCGAUACGAAAAUUUGGUUCAAUCAACACAAUUGGGAUAAUGAAGAUGCUGAUUGCGAAGAUAGGCAUUCUUGUACCAGUAGUCACGAUACCACGUGUUCUUGUAGUGAGUCUUCUUGUUUAUAUGCCGAAGCUGGACCUUCCAAUAACCCAAGACCAUUGACUCAUAAUCCGCAAAUGAGUAAACGGGUGAAGUGAGGGUACGCCGACUUUAGCCUUUAUUUUUAGUUAUUCGAGCAUAUCGUUAUGUCAAAAUGACGCGUGUGUAAUUCAUAUCAUUAUCAAUGCUUCA